UAAAAAGCAAAGUUCUCUUUAUUUUUAAAACAAAAGGCAGAUAGAAUGUGACAUAUCCAGUAAGCCAGCAAAUGUUGACAAAUAUAAAUAAAUAAAUAAAAAAGAACCAAACCUUUUUCCUAACUUUAUGUCUUCUAUUCUAUAGCGAUGACCUUUACUUCUUUACAUCAUAUUCGGCCAAUUCCGUAAGCAUUUUUAUGAUUUGUUUCCUUCUUCCAUAUCUAACUCCCCUUUAUUUAAGUCCACAUUGUUUAUUCCCAGUCCGGCCAUUUUCCUUUUGCCCUUUUUGGACCGUUACGUUAGAGAUGGGUAACUGAGAGUAAAAUUCACUCCUUGCAUAGUAGUAGCAUUAUUGAGAAAGAGAUGUCUUGGGAAAUCGAAGAGAUCGGAGAAGAUAGCAAGAGUGAAAUAGUGAGCAACAACAAAGAUGCAGGAGUGAUCAAUGACGUUUAUGUAGCUGUUGGCAAGAAUGACUUGCAUGUUCUUCAAUGGGCACUUGAGCAUGCCAUCUCUCCGGGAAUUCGCGUUUGUCUUGUCCAUGUUUUUCCUCCCAUUACAUACAUCCCUUCACCAGUUGGCAAGUUAUCAAGUAGCCAAUUGAGCAAAGAGCAGGUGCAAUCCUACGUCAAUGAAGAGAGCAACAGGCGGAAAAAUCUCAUGGAAAAAUACAUCCGUCUAUGCAAUGAUGCCAAAGUACCAGUAGAUACUGUACUUGUGGAGAGCAAAUCACCAGCCAAAGCAUUGCUUGAUCUAAUUACUGUUGUCAAUGUUACCAGCAUCGUUAUUGGAACUAAGCGAUCACUUUCCACUAUACGAGUGAUGAAGGGACAGGGAGUAGGAGAUUAUGUUCAAAAGAAUGCACCGGCUUUCUGUCGGGUUAACGUCGUUGGUGAAGAAGGCAAGAAGAUUAGGAAGGGUCAAGUGCUUCGGCUAAAAGAGAAUGGCAAUCCUCCGUCUCUUGUGCAUAGCCGGAAUCAACCGGAGAUUUCUAAACAAUCCAGCAGGAAUUUAUUUGAAUGGAUUUGUUUUUCUCCCAAAUUCCAUGGAGACGUAGGAAGGAAAUAAAACAAGAGUUAGCACCCCGUUGUAAGAGGCGGAUUCAAGAUUUGAAUAUCAAUAUUUGUACAUAUUUAAUAGACUCUUAUGGAUGCAGAGUUCAGCUGAAUCCAUAGCUAAUGCUAUUUGUCCGCCCCUGCAUAGCGGUACUUCAGAUUUUCUAAGUUAAUGAUGUUAUUAUGGCUGUUCGUAAAAUGAAUUUAGACAGCACAAAUGGGACAGGUUCAAGUUGAUCUCUUAUCUUAAACUUUUAGAUUAAAUA